AUGAUCGCUGGACUAGUAGAGAAUUGCUUACUUUUUUCACGGAGCCGCAAAGCGGUUCCCUUUUCGGUCACGUACUGCACAACCCUAACUGUGGGAUCCUCACAAGCCGCCACGCCCUGCGUACCUCUGAGACAGAAUGUCACCGUGGUGAAUGAAUGCUUCACCUCCCCCGCUAUCUAUUACAAUCACAGCUUCGAUCAUGGCACAGACCGACUGUGGCAUUGUCAAGGCAAGGAAGGUCAGGAGAAGGCUUCCAACGAACGGGCUGGUCUAGUUCCAAUGCAGUUUACGGUGAUACAGUGUAGCACCUGGUCCCGCAGGGCUGGUAGGAUACAGAUUGACACUAAUCAGAGACACGACACUGGUAUGCUCACCGCGGUGGAAGUCUGCUUAGUUUCGAGCCUUCAUGUUCCAGGGCUGGGGGAGCCGCAAUUGAAAGACCCACAUCGGAGCCGCAAUCGUUCACUAGUUGAUGCAGAUCAAAGGGUGAUCCGCAGCUAA